AGAGGACAGUCCCCUGAAGGAGAAGCAGGCCCCGGGGUGUGCCAGGUUUGGGGAGCAAUAUGCCCCCCAAAGGCUCUGGCCUCUGUUCCGUGCUGGGUGCGGACCUGACACUCAUGGGGGAAAGUCACUGCUGAACACUUGGAUCGGGGCUGUCAUGUCCAGAGGAAGCAUCUGUUUUGCCAUCCGCCUGCUCUUCUGCCAUCUGAAUCCCCCGGCUGUGCCAUCCCACAGGCCAUGGAGAAUGAGCUGCCGGUCCCCCAUACAUCCAGCAGUGCCAGUGUCGCCAGCAGUGCCAGCGGGGUCAGCAGCAGCAGCGGUGGAAGUGGCCGCCCCGCUGGGCCCCAGAUUUCAGUGUACAGUGGCAUCCCUGACCGACAGACGGUGCAGGUGAUCCAGCAGGCCCUGCACAGGCAGCCCAGCACCGCGGCCCAGUACCUGCAGCAGAUGUACGCCGCACAGCAGCAGCACCUCAUGCUGCAGACGGCGGCCCUGCAGCAGCAGCACCUCAGCAGCGCGCAGCUCCAGAGCCUGGCGGCUGUGCAGCAGGCGAGCCUGGUGGCCAACAGACAAGGGAGCACCCCUGGCAGCAGUGUGUCUGCACAGGCCCCGGCCCAGUCAUCCUCGAUCAAUCUGGCAGCCUCCCCAGCAGCAGCCCAGCUCAUCAACCGGGCUCAGAGUGUGAACUCAGCAACCGCCUCGGGCAUCGCCCAGCAGGCUGUGCUCUUGGGCAACACAUCUUCUCCCGCCCUGACUGCAAGCCAAGCACAGAUGUAUCUGAGGGCACAGAUGGCCCAGCCAGGUAACCUGGUGCAGGUAGCUAGGAGCCUAGGCGGCACUGUUCCUUUGUCCCCUCAGCUCAUCUUCACGCCCACGGCCACCGUCGCUACUGUGCAACCUGAGCUCGGCACUGGCUCCCCCGCCCGGCCCCCCACCCCCGCCCAGGUACAGAACUUGACCCUCCGAACACAGCAGACACCAGCUGCAGCAGCUUCGGGCCCUUCCCCCACUCAGCCUGUCCUGCCCAGCUUGGCCCUGAAACCCACGCCAGGUGGUAGCCAGCCCCUGCCUACCCCGUCACAGGGCAGAAACACUGCUCAGGGUUCCCCUGCAGGUGCCAAGUCUGGCCUAACUGACAGUGUGAUGGAGCCACUCAAGAAAGGAGAUGGCAACAGCAGUGUGCCAGGGAGCUUGGAGGGCCGGGCUGGGCUCAGCCGGAUGGUGCCCGCUGUGGCUGCCCAUCCCCUCAUUGCACCAGCCUAUGCUCAACUGCAGCCACACCAGCUCCUCUCCCAGCCACCUUCAAAGCACCUGCAGCCCCAGUUUGUGAUCCAGCAGCAGCAGCAGCAGCCAGCGCAGCAGCAGCAGCCCCAGCAAGCACGACCUGCACUCCAAGCCCAGUCCCACCCCCAGCUCGCCUCCAUCCCUCCGAGCUUGGCCCUGCAGCCCAGUCCCGAAUCCCAUGCCAUGCCUCUAGGCCCAGUUACAUCCACCCUGCCUCUCCAGUGUCCCACUGCCAACCUAUACAAGCCUGGCAGCACUCAGCAUUGCCACCCUCCCACACCAGAUGCUGGGCCUCACAAUGGGUACCCUGAGGGCCUGUCCCACACCCCUCAACGCAGGUUCCAGCACGCCUCCGCUGUCAUCCUGCAACUACAGCCUGCGUCACCAGUGCCCCAGCAGUGCACCCCAGAGGACUGGAAGGAAGUGGUACCUGGGGAGAAGAGUGUGCCUGAGGCUCGGUCCCGCCCAUCACUGCAUCAGCAAGCCAUUGUCACUGCCAUGCCCAGCGGUCUGCCUGUACCCAAGAGCCCUAAUAUCCAGCAGAUCCCAGCUCACGAGACAGGGCAGGGCAUUGUUCAUGCACUGACCGACCUCAGCAGCCCCGGCAUGACCUCAGGGAACGGAAAUUCUGCCUCCAGCAUCGCCGGCACUGCCCCCCAGAAUGGUGAGAAUAAACCACCACAGGCCAUUGUGAAACCCCAAAUCCUGACGCAUGUUAUCGAAGGGUUUGUGAUCCAGGAGGGGGCGGAGCCUUUCCCGGUGGGACGCUCGUCCCUGCUGGUGGGGAAUCUCAAAAAGAAGUAUGCACAGGGGUUUUUGCCUGAGAAACUUCCACAGCAGGACCACACCACCACCACUGACUCCGAGAUGGAGGAGCCCUAUCUGCAAGAAUCCAAAGAGGAGGGUACUCCCCUCAAACUCAAGUGUGAGCUCUGUGGCCGGGUGGACUUUGCCUACAAGUUCAAGCGUUCCAAGCGCUUCUGUUCCAUGGCCUGUGCAAAAAGGUACAAUGUGGGAUGCACCAAAAGAGUGGGGCUUUUCCACUCAGACCGGAGCAAGUUGCAGAAGGCAGGAGCCACGACCCACAACCGCCGUCGGGCCAGCAAAGCCAGUCUGCCAACUCUUACCAAGGAUACCAAGAAGCAGCCAACAGGCUCUGUACCCCUUUCGGUUACUGCUGCCUUGCAGCUAACACAUAGCCAGGAAGACUCCAGCCGUUGCUCAGAUAACUCAAGCUACGAGGAACCCCUGUCACCCAUCUCAGCCAGCUCAUCCACCUCCCGCCGGCGACAAGGCCAACGCGACCUGGAGCUCCCUGACAUGCACAUGCGGGACCUGGUGGGCAUGGGACACCACUUCCUGCCAAGUGAGCCCACCAAAUGGAAUGUAGAAGAUGUCUACGAGUUCAUCCGCUCUCUGCCAGGCUGCCAGGAGAUAGCAGAGGAAUUCCGUGCCCAAGAAAUCGACGGGCAGGCCCUGCUGCUGCUCAAGGAGGACCAUCUGAUGAGUGCUAUGAACAUCAAACUGGGGCCCGCCCUGAAGAUCUACGCUCGCAUCAACAUGCUCAAGGACUCGUAGGGCUGGCCCGGCAGCCACGGUUCUGGCCCAGGACGCCUCCACCCAGCUGAGCAGAGCCAGACAGACAUUCCUGAGGGGCCCAGACAUGGGGCCAGGCGGAGGGCAGGGGCUCUCCCUGUGGGGCAUGGCUGGGGGGGGGGU